CGAUCAGAAAACAAGACGCUCUCUCUCAUCGAUUGUCGGUUGAUGCUCAUUUGAUAUUUUGGUAUUUGGUUGAUUUUGUUACUGGCGCUGUGACUCAUAUUCUAUCAAUCAACAACUUAAUCAGCAGCUUGGAGCAGACGUGAUCGAAGCAAGGAGGGAAAAUCGAUGGCGUCACCACCCAAACACCAGCAACACACGUCGGAUAGUCCGCACUGCAACAAGUUGGUCAACCGCCUCAAUUUGGCUACGUUGUCUUUAAGGCCACGAUGGCGAGUCAUGGUUCUCGGUCAUCACUCGGUCGGCAAAUCUGCGUUCGUGGUUCGUUUCUUAACUCGUCGCUUCAUCGGGGACUACGACCCCAAAUUGGAAAGAUGUUAUCCGGUCAACACAACUUUGAACGGAGAGCACGUGAUGCUGGAGCUUCUGGAUAGUGGAGGACACCAUCUGGAGGACGGGAGUCAAUCCGACCUGGAAGCCAAGAUCCGCUGGGCUGACGCCUUUGUUCUUUUGUAUUCAGUGACGGACAAGUGCUCGUUUGACGAGUGCUGUCGACUUCGAUUCCUUAUCGGCUACAAUAAGCGUCGUCGACGACAUUUGUUUGGCUCAGCUUUUGGCAAUGGCCACGGUCUUAGCGCAGAAAUAAUGGGGUCCUCUUCGAGUGUUAUCCUGGUAGCCAAUAAAGUCGACCAGGUGGAAGAUCGGAUGGUGACUACCGACGAAGGCGAAAAAAGAAGCCGUGAUUUGGGCUGUGAUCUGUUCUUCGAAAUUUCCGUACGGGAGGAAGUUGAUGUAGCCAAGAGAGUGAUGGAGGAUUUAUAUUUCCGCUGGAAGUACAAUCAGUCUCAUCAUCAUCAAUCGCAUUCACCCCAAACGCAACAGCCGCAUCCACCACUCGGUGCCUCGACACCAAACGGGACGUCAAACCACCACUUUGGCCGGCGAUGUUUAGAGACGUUCGCCGGCCGGUGUUCUGCUAACAAGAGCAACAGCAUGGACGUCAUUAGCGAAAGAGAAGACGGAGCGUUGCCCAUCUCUCUGUCUUUAGAAUCGCCGCCACCUACUGCAACCGGUAAUAACUCGCCGGACGACAAGUUCCGCUCCAGGGCUUCCACAGAGGGUAGUUUGAGCUUCCGAAAUAAACGUGUGAUCGUUCGCCAUUGUGCCCAGCCAGCGCCCGUGGCCCAGCUCGAUCAUCCGGGUUUAGCCGUUGCGUGCAAUUUGGCCAACAAGAGACCUACUCGCCGCAUGAGUAUCAGCCUAAGAGGGGCCAGCAGUGCAUUCUAAAAAUACGUAUACAUGUCAUUUUUUUUUUAAAUUGUUUUGAUUAUUUAUUCUACAUUUCAUAACAGUGAAUUAUUUUUAUUGGAAGCUUUCGCUGUUUUGUAGACAUUUAAAUGACUAUUUUGGCCGUUUUAUUUCUCUUGAUUGUGUUUCUAUGGAGGCAGGCAUUACACAUUUCACGUUUCAACUC